CAUUUAAUUAGCCUACUGCAAUAACACUAUCAUAUCCCAGGCUUGCUGUUCGUUUACAAACACACCCAUUCGUUUAGCUGACGUCACAGAUCAGGCGAAGUCAGACAGGAAACUGUUCCAGAAGCGCAGUCAGCUGACAGCAAGCGAAAACAGCAUCUGUCCGUGGUAAGAGAAUGGCAGCGUACCCAGGAUCCCACAACCCGUUCGCAGAUGAUGACGACGAGGAGGAGACGACAGGCUCCCGAUCAAAGGGCGGCUUCAACUUCAACGACGAGCCUCCCGAAAACCGCUUGACCGAGGCUGAGCGUCGCCAGCAGCAUCUUCAGCAGGAGGUGAUGCGAACGGCGCAAUCAGCCGUGGACAGCAGCAACAGGUCGCUUGGACUCAUAUACGAGUCGGAAAAAGUCGGCACAGAGACAGCAGAGGAGCUGAUGCGCCAGGGUGAGGUGCUGAAGCGUUCUGAGCGUAUGGUGGACAACAUGGAGCAGGACCUGAGGACGAGCCAGAGGCACAUCAACAGCAUCAAGAGUGUGUGGGGCGGCGUCGUCAACUACUUCAAGGCCAAGCCCGACCCCAAACCCCCACAGAGAGAACAGCCCGUAGGAUACCAGGCAAAUAGCAAGCUACAGAAUGCCCUCACAGAGAGCAAACAGCAAGAGGACCGGUACCAGGACAGCCAUCCCAACCUAAGGAAACUAGACACAUCUGGAUUUGGAGCUUCGGCGGCAUCAAAUGAUAAUCCAUCCAAUCAAAACGGCCAUCCUCAGAACAGACACCUAAAAGCUGCUCAUCAAAAACUGGAUUGCAACCUAGAUGACAUGUCUCUGGGCCUGAGCCGGCUGAAGAACCUGGGUCUGGGUCUACAGUCUGAGAUUGAUGAUCAGGACGUGGCUCUGGACUCGCUGCUCAACAAAGUGGACAACAUGGACGGACGCAUCGGCUCCACCAACCGCCAGCUCAAAAAACUAUAAACAACACAAACCAGAACUCUGCCAGGCCCAGCGCCAGCCCAGUGUACACACUAUGAGCCGGACAAAUUGUGAACAUACACAUAUAAACACAACCACGAAAACUGGAUUCAUGCACAAGUCCUUAAUCACUCAACACCCUUUGUUCUUAUUUUUUGUAAAGGGAAACGUGUGAGUGAGUGUGUGUGUGUGUGUGUGUGUGUGUGUGUGUGUGUGUGUGUGUGUGUGUGUGUGUGUGUGUGUGUGUGUGUGUGUGUGUGUGUGUGACUGGAUUGUAUGAUUUGCUGUGAAUUUGUGUGGUGUUGAGGAGAGACGGUAUGGUUGUGUGUUGAACGUAGUCUUUUAAUGAGAAGUUGUGUGUCAUAACAUGUUGACACCUUGUGGCCUAAACAAGCAACAGAAAGUUUCUCUCUCUCUUUCUCUUUCUCCAUAUCUCACACAAAUGUACAUACACACUCUAAACCUCCUCAUCACAUAGUAGUCAGUGCUCUAUCACCGCAGGUAAACUUCCCUGUCUUUAGUUGAAUCCGUUUCAGCGGACCUUGAGUGAUUGCUGCUCUUCUACACUCACCGGUUGCAGCUAGUAUCUGUACCAAUGAGUGUAGUCUGGUAUUGUCCUGUCAGCUGUGUGUGGGGUGGCUCUGUGUGAAUGCGUCUUGGUCUUCUACUGAAGCCUUGGGGGGACCCCACCUGGCAUCAUCUGAACUCUGAAAUGGGUCCGGCUUACAGUCCACGGCCCUCCGGGGAAAGGCUCAACUCAAAUUCAAAGUUCAAUUCAAAUGCAAAUUCGACGAGCUUUAUUGGCAAGAAAAAGUAUCUCAUAAGCAUAUCUGCUUUAUUCGAUUAAAGAUUUGAUGUGCUUAUAAGGAAAACAGAAGAGAUCAUCAUAUGUACUAUUGCUCUAUGGAGCUGCCAGCUCUUUGGAGCCCCCUGUAAUGGCUGACUGGUGCAGAUUAGGCCGGAUCUGAGCCAUAUUGGGGCCAGAUCCGUUUGCCAGUCUGAGCAAAUAAAAGUCCAGAUUUUAUAACACUUUUGCCGGGUGUUUUGUUUAUUAACUGAGCAAAGGAACAUCAGUCUAUUUGUAUACACACCCCCGGGCAGUAUCUGAAAUAUUUGUGUUGUGUUGAUAUCCUGUUUACACCCACAAACCUUUAGUGACUCCUAGCCUGAAGAGCACUAAAAGGAGGGCUCGAUUAUACGCCAAUUGCCAGUCAGCUACUAUUUGGGAAGGUGCUGUAGCUGGAUGUAGGCCUCGUGGUGGCAGGCAUCAUCCUGAGUCUUCACCACAUCAGAGCCAUCAGAUCAGUCCCAGAGUCUGCUCUUAAUCUGGGUAAGAGGCAGCUGGAGAGCUUCACACAACCCAGACUGGAGUGGAUGGAGCCGGGUCAGUCACAUUAGGGUCUUUGGAGCCUUAAGUUCAGUCAGUGUGGAAAUGGCUGUAAUUACUGCCUGCUGUACAGCUGUGUUUGUGCCAUUGUUGAGCAUACUGAACUCGACCUUGUGGAAAGGAGGUGUAAAGGUGUGUGUGUGUGUGUGUGUGUGUGCAUUAAGAAUGUAGGUAUGUGUGUGUUGAGGACAUAAAUGUGUUUGUGCGUAUGUGUGUGUGUCAGAGAGAGAACGACACGUGCCUCUGCCUUGUAUAUCCGCUCAUUUUGUGUCCAUCCUCACUGAAUCUGAAGUAGUUGAGGUGGUGUGUUCUUUCACAGACUCUCCCCUUUUCUCCCAUUGUUUUAUACCCAGCUGUUCAUUUUCAUGUUAAUUAGUGAAGUAUAACCUGUGUUCUCCGGGCUGCUGCACACACCAUAUGAAACGUGGGGAGUUUGUCACACUGUCAUAUAUGAGAACAACAAUCUUCCAGUCUAGUUCAUUUUUCACUGGACACAAACUUGCAUCUUUUUCCUCCCUUGCUCUGUCUUAACUGUUGGCAAAAUGUAUGUUGACAGUCUUUUGAUUGAAUGAAUGAAAAAAAGUACAAAUGGCUACACCAAUAAUAAAAGUCAUACUUUUA